AUGGGAAUAUCCGGCAAUCAUAUUCCGGGGGCUACAGACUAUCGCAAACCUCCCUCCCGCCUUGCAGCCAUAUCAACCAACGGUCGAAAUUCAGAGGGUCCAGGAACCACUGGACAACACCCUUCAUUGCUCCCUCCUACCGGCAGUCAAUGUAAAAACUCAAACAGACCACCAAAAUCAGCGUCUUCCUCGGCUCCCAGCUCAAAGAAUCGAAGUGCAGCCCAGUCGGCCUCAAGUCGGCAUUCAACUGAUAGAUUGGUAGAAUCGGCAGUCAAUGGAUCAGACAAAGAUAUUGCUGAAAAUGGUUGCUCCGGAGUCGCGGAAUGUAGCGAUACCUUCUUGGUUGGCCGGACGAGCGUCAACCACUCGAUGCAAAAGUUUCACCCGCCUCGACAACACAUACUCGAGCCUUUGUCACGAGAAGAUCUAUCAGAAUCGCAUUAUGAUCAGCCUACCUUGUUAAAUCCAGCGAAUAAGAGGCAACUUGUGGAGACUGAGAUGGGCCAGCAGGGCUUGCAACAACAUAUUAAGUGGAAAAAUACGCAGAGCUUGUCUCAUGGACAGAGGGAACAGCAGAACCCGCAACAACUCGCUUUCGGUUCGAAAGGCCACUAUGCGGAUGGACGAACUGAACGAACUGCCGAAAGUCUUAAGCCGACGGUGAGUGCCGAUGAAGUGGCUCGUUUCUACUUACUUUUUUAG